AUGCAGAGACAGUCGCUCGGGUCCCCCGCCAUGAAGCAGCCGCUGCCGCCGGCGAGGGGCGCGGAGGAGGACGACGACGACGGCAAGAAGAAGUGGAAGAAGAAGAUGGGAGGAGGAGCAGUGGAGGUGGACGAAGCGAGGGAGGAAGGCGAGAUCAGGUCGUCGGAGAAGCCUUUCCGCCGGAGCUCCUUCGCGGCACCUGCCUCGCCCUCCGGCGCUGCCUCCGCCGGCCCGGAGCGGACGAUACACAUCAUCCCCGUCCUCACCUUGUUCUGCUUCCUCGUCCUGUACCUCUGUUCCCACGAUCCCGCCGUCACAGGUACUCUCCAGCUUCUCCUCCCCCUCUCCGAUCUCUCUUCGUCUUCUUCCCUUGGCAUCCAGAUGGAUGGACUUCUCUUCAGAGCCUGAAAUCUUCUCUCUCCGCUCGGCCUACGCAGAUUUGAAUGGUUCCGGAAGCGUCGGCCGGCUGUUCGAUCCUACAGGUACAAUGCGGAUCGAUCCCCGAUCUCUCUCCAUCCUCAAAUUUUCCUUCAAAUCGAAUUGACUCCGUAGACGAUCUGGUCUUACCAGCCUCCGGUGCGGAAAUCGGCCGGCAAGUAGCGGCGGCGGCGACCGGCGGCGCAUCGGCGGUGGUUCGCAGCCACCGGAGCCUGAAGGAGCUGGAACGGAUCCGGGGGCACCACGGCAGCAGGAGGAUGGGGAAGAGGGGGCCGCAUCUAUGA